CCACGUGGGUGGAGCUGGAGCGCAGCUCGCAUGGGGGAGUCUAUCCCGCUGGCCGCCCCGGUCCCGGUGGAACAGGCGGUGCUGGAGACGUUCUUCUCUCACCUGGGUAUCUUCUCCUACGACAAGGCCAAGGACAAUGUGGAGAAGGAACGAGAGGCCAACAAGAGCGCGGGGGGCAGCUGGCUGUCGCUGCUGGCGGCCUUGGCCCACCUGGCCGCGGCCGAGAAGGUCUAUCACAGCCUCACCUACCUGGGGCAGAAACUAGGGAGCCAGUCCUUCUUCAGCCGGAAGGACUCCAUCCGCACCGUCUACACUUCGCUGCACAACGAGCUGAAGAAGGUGGUGAGCGGGCGCGGGGCCCCGGGCGGCGCCGCCCCGCACGUGGAGGAGCUGCUGUCGCACCUGUCGGAGCAGCUGUGCUUCUUCGUCCAGGCCCGGAUGGAGAUCGCAGACUUCUACGAGAAGAUGUACACGCUCAGCGCGCAGAAGUUCAUCAACGCGGAGGAGCUCGUCGGCCUGCUGGACUCCGUGCUCAGGAAGUACAGCUCCAGAUUCCACCACCCCAUCCUCAGUCCUUUGGAGAGCAGCUUCCAGCUGGAAGUCGAUGUCCUGAGUCACCUCCUGAAGGCCCAGGCGCAGGUCUCGGAGUGGAAGUUCCUGCCGUCCCUGGUGAACUUACACAGCGCUCACACCAAGCUGCAGACCUGGGGCCAGAUCUUUGAAAAGCAGAGGGAGACCAAGAAACAUCUGUUUGGAGGGCAGUCUCAGAAGGCCGUGCAGCCCCCACACCUUUUCCUUUGGCUGCUGAAACUCAAAAACAUGCUCCUUGCCAAAUUUAGCUUUUACUUCCACGAGGCCCUGAGCCGACAGACAACUGCUUCAGAAAUGAAGGCCUUGACUGCCAAAGCCAACCCGGACCUAUUUGGAAAGAUUUCCAGCUUCAUCAGGAAAUACGAUGCUGCCAACGUGUCCUUAAUCUUUGACAACCGGGGUUCCGAGAGCUUUCAGGGUCACGGCUAUCACCACCCCCAUUCCUACAGGGAGGCUCCGAAGGGUGUGGACCAGUACCCAGCGGUGGUGUCUCUGCCCAGCGACAGGCCCGUCCUGCACUGGCCCAACGUCAUCAUGAUCAUGACGGACCGCACGUCCGACCUCAACAGCUUGGAGAAAGUGGUCCACUUCUACGACGACAAAGUUCAGAGCACGUACUUCCUGACGCGCCCGGAGCCGCACUUCACCAUUGUCGUCAUCUUUGAGUCCAGGAAAUCCGAGCGAGACUCCCACUUUAUUUCCUUCCUCAACGAGCUCUCGCUCGCCCUUAAGAACCCCAAAGUUUUUGCCAGUCUGAAACCUGGGUCCAAAGGCUAGCAGGUGGUUUGUGCGAAAGGUUUGCAAGACCGGGAGCUGUGUUCUUGAUUGCUCCGAUGGUCCGCAGAGCUCUGCCAUGAGAGUUGCCAUCCGUUCCUCCUUCGUUCAGAGCUAAAUUCAAGACAAAUCCUCCCUCCUUGUGUCGCACACUUUCUAAGCAAUUCAGGCCAAUCGAGUUAAGUAUCCAAAGAGUAGUCCAGGAAGUGAUGAUGGCUCCUGUGUCUCCCCGGGACGGCAAAGUGCUUUCAGUCUUUCCUCCUAUUUUCCUGCGUUUCGUGUAGACUGAGUAUUUAUUGGCCUCUGAUUUUUCUUUCCAGAUGUUUUAUGCUGUUCUAAACAUUGUGUUCUAACGCAAUGCCAAACGCCCUCUCCCUCCCCCCCGCCCCAUGAGGAAUUGGGAUAUCACAUGGCCUUUUUAGAAUUAAGGACUGUAUGUUUUCUAUUUCAUAAAUUGACAGAUUAACAUGAAAUUAUUGGUUUUAUGAUUCUGACCUAUAAAUUAAUAUUUUUGAUGCCAAACCUAGGGUCUUGGUGAGAAAUUUCAGUCGGUUAUUGAUGCUGAAGGUGAAGCAGAGCGUUCCGUAGCGUCAGCUCUGAGCUGUUCAGAGCCCCCGCACGCUGCUUCGGUAGCCAUGGGCUCUUUUGGGGCGAUCUACACACCUAACUGCAUUUGCUUUUUUCCUUAUAAAGUUUGAGUUUUUCAGUCUGGUUUAAGGUCAGCCUCAGCCAUUCUGCUGGGUUCUUCAUUCUUCAGCAUAUUAUCUGCUCGGCCUUCUAUUUAUCACCUUUCUGCUGAAAUGUAUGUUCACGGUUGGCUCCACUCCCUGGUUAUUUUUAGGCCGAAAAGGCACACAGUUUUGGUUUUUCAGCCAGUUUCAGACAUUCACGCGACUUAGCCUACUUUUAUAAAAUCAAAAUGGAAUCGCUGUACUUGCUAAAAAUGAAUCGUGCAUUCUGAAGCCGUCUUCGUAGUUGAGUGACCAGCUCAGUCCUUCAGCACCUCUGCACACGGGUUCCGUCCUGUCUCCUGCACACUGUUCUUGGAAGAAGUGAUGCAUCUUAGCAUGUGCCGCUCGAGCGCUUCCCUCAGCCGGUGUUCCCAGGGAGGAGACGGAGCCGCGAAGGCAUCGUGGGCUCUGGAGACCUGCACUUACUUUUGGGUAUUGACUCAGAAUAAAAAUCAGCCACAAAGAGUAACUGAGAUGUUACUUUCCGCUGGUUCCUUCAGAGCUCGUGUGCAGUGUCACGGUCAGAUCGGUCCUGUUUCUCGUGGUUGCACAGAGGCGUCGUUCCAGGGGGCAGCCGCAGCAGGCCGGCCACAGCGUCGGCCAAGACCAGAGAGCCCCUCCGAGUCCGGGCAGGAGGCCUGCCCGCCUCAGUCAGCACUACCUGGUGGAGGAACCGCUGACCUAUUUUCUGCGGAGAACAUGUGUUUUUCUUUUUCUUUUUUUAAAAGAAAAGUCAUAUGAUUUGUAAAAAGGCAUUUUGCUUUAAAUAGAAAGUAGUGAUUUACCUCUGCAUUUUAUUCGCUCAGGUUCUGUAAAAAUCUGAACAGAUGUACAGCACUGACCCGACACAAAAAGCUGAAAACAAUUGGAACUAAGAAGUCAAGUCAUUUUCCCUCUCUUUUGUGUUUUUCCAAGAAGCUGAAAAAAUUCCUUGCUGUGCAUGCAUUGUUUUUUUCCUAGAUAGAAGCACCGUUAGCCUUAAUGAUGGGGUCUCCCAUGUACCGAAAAGAAAAUAUGCCUAGUGGGACAUGGAGAAGAGUGUAAAGAAAACAUAUAUACAAUAUUUAAAUAAUCAGUCCUUACCUACAACAUAUUUGAAUUGUAUAUUUAUUUUUAAACAUAUUUUGGUUCAAGCUACGAAACAAAGUCAUUUUACUAGGAGAGUUAUCCUCUAAAAUCAGUAAUGAAAUGAUCUGUAAAGUCCUGUGCUUUGCUAAUUGGAACAGUAAAUCCACAUAUUUUCCACAGAC